GUUUGUUUUUAAAGAAGCUUAUCCAGUCCCCUAACUAUAGUAAAUAGUGGUAAGUAACUUGGUAUUUCAGGAACAAUGUCUUCGGGUCCAUCAAUGACAAGUGAUCAUGCUUCUAGUCAUGCUCCAUCAAUGACUUCAGCUCCCGCAAAAUCUGAUGACCCUGCUUGGGCUUAUGGUAAAUUGGUUUUGGGUAAAAAGAAUAAUAUCAUUUGCCUCUUUUGUAAUAAUCAUCUUAAAGGUGGUGGAAUUACACGAUUAAAACAACAUCUUGCCGGAGUGAAAGGAGAGGUGGAAGCUUGUAAAAAUGUGCCGAUUGAUGUAAAAUGGCAAAUGAAUCAAACCCUUGAAGGGUAUAGGCAAGAGAAAGAAAGGAGGGAGAGAAUUAGCAAAGCAGUUGGGGAAGGAGCUUCCUAUCAAGCUUUGGAUGAAGAAGAGAAGGAGUCUUUACUUGAUAAAAGAACGACCACAGAUACAUCGGGGACCAAAAAGAAAAGAAGUAAGACAAUUGGUGGCUUUUUUGCUCCAAGAACAACGCCAGGUGCCCAACCUUCUAUAAAAAGUGCAUUGUCAUCUAAACAAACCAUUGAUGAAGCAAGAAUGGCGGUUGCUCGAUGGUGGUAUGAUGCUAACAUUCCAUUUAAUGCAACUUUAUCUCCGUAUUAUCAACCGGCGAUUGAUGCAAUGCUAGCCGUUGGACCGGGCUUCAAGGGUCCUUCAUAUCAUGACUUGAGAUGCCCUCUCCUGAACAAUAGUGUUCAUGAAAUUAGAGAGUAUCUUCUUGAACUUAGAGAGGUAUGGGCAAAUUAUGGAUGUUCAAUUAUGUCUGAUGGAUGGACAAGCCAAAAUCAAACUCCGAUUAUAAAUUUUCUUGUUUAUUGUCCUAAAGGGACAAUGUUUUUGAAGUCAAUUGACACAUCGGGGCUUGUUAAAGACGCAGACACACUGUUUGGUAUUUUUCGUGAAAUUGUUGAACUAGUGGGGCCAAGUAAUGUUGUCCAGUUUGUUACGGAUAAUGAGGCUGCCUACAAAGCGGCGGGAAAGAGGUUACAAGCACAUUAUGGAUCCUUCUAUUGGUCUCCUUGUGCGGCUCAUUGCUUGGACUUGAUGUUGGAGAAUUUUGCAAAGCCUCAACACUUUCCGCACAUAGAUGCUACCAUCCAAAAGGCUAAAAAGGUAACUCGAUACAUUUACAAUCAUGCAUGGGUUCUCAACACAAUGAGGAAAGACUUCACAAAUGGUAAAGACCUGUGUCGUCUCGACAUCACAAGGUUUGCUACAAACUUUUUAAGUCUUCAAUGCCUUCUAAAUUUCAAGAAAGAGCUUAGACAAAUGUUCACUAGUGACAAAUGGCUUGGAUCUCGAUAUGCUAAAUGUAAUGUUGGGAAAGAAGUUGCUAAAAUUCUUUUGGAGGGUAGAUAA